GCAGCGUGCCUGGCGGUCCUUUCCGCAUCCCUCUGGCCAGCGGUCCGUCGGUUCGUCUGCUCGUUCCCGGCGCGCGGCCGCGGCAGGUGCCGGCGGGGUCCCCGGAGCCCCAGGAGGCGUCUGGGCUGCCGUAACCAGAGGUGCUGUGCAGACCCGCCCCCCUCCCCCACCGGCCAGGAAGGAUCGGAGCGCCCCCAUCAUGGGCUGGGGAGCUGGUGGGAGCUGCACUCCGCACCCACCCAUCCGCCAGCAGCCGGCGUCCGAGACCCGCGUGGUCACUGUGGUCUUCCUGGGCCUCCUGCUGGACCUCCUGGCCUUCACUCUGCUGCUGCCCCUGCUGCCCGGGCUGCUGGAGAGCCACGGCCGUGCACAUGACCCUCUCUAUGGCUCCUGGCAGCGAGGGGUGGACUGGUUUGCUGCAGCCAUCGGUGUGCCUGCAGAGAAGAGAUACAACAGCGUCCUGUUCGGAGGUCUGAUUGGCUCAAUCUUCUCAGCCCUGCAGUUCCUCUGGGCACCGCUCACGGGGGCCGUCUCCGACUGCCUGGGGAGGCGCCCCGUGAUGCUGCUGUCCCUGGCAGGUCAGGCCACCUCUUACGCUGUGUGGACUGCCUCGGAGAGCUUUCACGCCUUCCUGUCCUCUACAGUGAUCAGUGGCAUCAGCAAAGGGACGUCAAAUCUCUCCACAGCCAUCCUUGCUGACCUGGGCUCUCCCUCCGCCCAAAUUAAAGCAUGAUGGGCUCGCGGAUGGGGUGUUGAGAGCCUACAAGACAUCCUCGGGUUUGGUCACCCACUUGUGGGCGCCUGCCUCCCUUUGUGGAUGGCACCCUGGCUCGCCCUGCUCUUCGCUGUCUCAGACCUGCUAUUUCUCUUCUGCUUCCUGCCGGAGACACUGCCCCCAGAGAAGCGGGCACCCUCCCUCACCCUGGGCUUCCGAGCUGCUGCUGACCUGCUCAGUCCCUUGGCCCUGCUGCGCUUCUCCGCUGUGGCCCAUGGCCAGGACCCACCCACUGGAGACAGGCUCAGCCACCUGCGCCGCCUGGGCCUGGUCUACUUCCUCUACCUCUUCCUAUUCUCGGGCCUGGAGUACACGCUGAGCUUCCUCACACACCAGCGCUUCCAGUUCAGCAGCCUGCAGCAGGGAAAGAUGUUUUUCUUCAUCGGCCUCACCAUGGCCACCAUCCAGGGCACCUAUGCCCGGCGGAUUAGCCCCGGCGGGGAAAUUGCAGCUGUGAAACGGGCCAUCCUGCUGCUGGUCCCCGCCUUCCUCCUCAUCGGCUGGGGGCGCUCGCUGCCUGUGCUGGGCCUGGGGCUGCUGCUCUACUCCUUCGCUGCCGCUGUCGUGGUGCCCUGUCUGUCCUCCGUGGUCGCCGGCUAUGGCUCGCCUGGGCAGAAGGGCACAGUCAUGGGCACGCUGCGGAGCCUGGGUGCCCUGGCCAGGGAAUUGGGGCCCAUGGUGGCCGCCUUCAGGUGAGGCUGUGAUGUGCCCUUGGGGAAG